AUGUUCGAGGGGGAGGAUGUUCCUUGGAGCACAUUUGUUAAAUUAUUUAGGGAGAAAUAUUUUCCCUUGUAUGUUCAAUCUCGCAAGAAGAGGGAGCUUAUGGAAUUGCAGCAGGAUGAUAUGACAGUGGAAGAAUAUGAAGCCAAGUUUAAUGAGUUAUCUCGAUAUGCACCUGAGCUAGUUGUAGAAGAAUUUGAUAAGAUAGAGAUGUUUGAGAAUGGACUGAGGCCAGAAAUUCAUCAAAAGGUUAUAGUAGUUAUGUCAAAGACUUUUGAGGAGGCAGUGGAGCGAGCAAAAAGGGCUGAAAAAGCAAGUAAGGGAGAAAAGAUUGCAGAUGAACCAAACAAAAGCUGGGACCAGAAGAAACAGAACAGGGAUGAGAAUAAUCAGAAAGAUAAGUCAACUUUUAAGCCUUUUAAGAAGCCAGCAUUUCGAGGGUCAGGAGCUCCAGUACAGAGAUCGGGCCAGUUUGUGCAGAGAUCAGGUCCUCCUAUUCAGAGGCAUGAUGGACAGUGUUAUAAAUGCGGCAAAAAUCACAAAGGCCGUGUUUGUUCUUUAUUCCGAGGUUGUUUUGAGUGUGGCCAACAGGGCCAUAUUAUGAGAGAUUGUCCAGCAAAGAAGGGACCCGAAGCCUACACCUAG